GGGCCGCCGCCAUUGCCAGGCACGGAGCGGCGGGGCGGCCUCGGCGGGGCCGGGGGAGACCGCGGGCCGGGGAGCAGGUAACGCCGGGCGGGGGGAGGCCGAGGCUCGUGGGUGGCCGGGGUCAGCCCGGGGGCUCCGGCGGGCCGCGGUCCCGCUUGCUCCGGCCACGGAAGCUCGCUGCCCCGCCGCGCUCUGGCCGGCCCGGUGACGCGCUGUGCCCUUCCGCUCCCUUCCUCUUCGGCUCGGAGCGGGGCGGUCACCGUGGGAUGUAAGGUAGUGCCGGUCCCGGCCCGCCGGCGGCUGACAUCGGCGCGGUGCCGCACCGCAGCGAGGCCGAAGUUAGCAGGCACCCAGGCCGCGGGGCGGGGGCUUCUGAGCAAAGUUUGUGUUACACCGGGCUGCGGCGGUGAGCAUCACCCUGCCCAGGAUCGUUUAUCGUACAAAAUCUGCAAAGUUUCCUGUCGUCGUGUCUCUGUAUACAUCCUUUAGUCUAUCUGAAGUGCUUGCAUUGGGGUAAUAUGGGCAGUAUAAACUGACAAGUCAUGGUGGUAAUGAAAAACAAACUCUGUACAUCCAAGCAGGCUUCCAUCAGUGCUGUAGAACUCUGGCCCUUUAAGCGAGAUCUCACCUACAGUCACGUUCUGAUUCCGCCUCCCCCCUUCCUAGCAGAUAAUUUAAUUAUGAAGGUUGUGUCAUGGAACUUCGCUUUGAGACUCGUAUGGGGAAUGAGCACGCACCAGAUUUUAGGAAGAAGCCAUUUCGUGUUGUGUAGCUUAAUGAACUAACACAUGGGCAAACACUCGGAGAGGUUUGUGUUCCAGUGAUAAGGAUCUCCGGAAUUCCAUCAAGCGAUUGUACCCUUUACUGAGAAGCUUAUGCAGUGCGUUUUUAAAAUAAAAGUUGCAGAAUAUUAUUCUCAUUCAAAUUAUGAAACAAGGCUUUACCUGGAGCAUUUUCACAUUUGAGAGGUACAUCUGAGUUUUGACAACUUAAUGUGGUUCUUCUGUAUAAAAUCCUUCGCUGCCUGACUUGUGUAUAGCAGGUGAUUUGAGGGCAGAGCAGAUGAACUGAUUAGGCAAUGCCGAAUAGAUCCUGAGGAGCUUUUAAUGGGUCACUUACAUGGAGAGAAAACGCAGCAAUUUCCUUAUUGGAGAGGGAUUUAAGUAGGGUGCAUGGAGGAGCAGUGCAGUGUGACAAUCCUAUUACGCUGACUUACCAUCAAAGCUGAUGAUGCAGACCUGUCUAAUAAUGACUGCAGAGGGAUGCAGUGCAGAGUUAUGCAUGAUAACUAAAAUAGGAAGAGUCUUCAAAAUAUUGUCUUUAAAAUAGUUUCUUCCAACACCUACUAGUACUAGUUCAAAUAGAGGUUUCUUAUUUUAAAAGUUAGGCAGGAAACAUUUGGGGGGUAGGAGGAUGUUAAUUUCACCACUAAAGACCUUUCUUGUUUACAGAAAUAACUUUUCUUUUGUCGUCUUUUGUUAUGCUGAAAACAGUCCUUGGCAAUGUCAUUUAGCAAAAUCAGGGCAAAAGUGUAUUACUUUUUUUUCCUGAGAUCUUGUGAAAUCCAGCAUCUCUUCUGCAGUGAAUAACAUGCGAAAGUAUAUGCCUAGGGGAAUGCCUAUAAAAGUUUGUGAGUGAACGCUAAAAGUGGUCAGUGUGGCCUUGAAAUCUCAGUAGGUGACCUGAGCCGUAGGAAGAAGAGGCCCUGUUGACACGAAGCAUCCUCGUGAAGUUAAUUAUCAGAGCGACAAUUGAUUGAAGCAGGAGCAUCAGCAAUUGAAUUAACAGGAUGUUUAACAAUAGUGGCAGUGCCUUCCACUUUAAAAUAACAGUGCAGGCUGAGUUUCAGUACGGACACUUGGGUUGCCUGGGGAGCUUCUGGUGGGAUGGUUUGUGCUUCCACUUGUAUGUGCUUGCACAGCCUACUUGUGCACAAACUUUCUAUUUGUAGAGCCUUCUGCAGAAUACAAAUGGAAAGAGAAUAAGAUUCUUUGUAGCAAUAAAGCAUAUGCAUGCUCACGUGCCUCUGUUCACCUUGAGCACUUCCAGGUUUUUUUACCAGCUUGCACAAGACCUCAGCAGUGAAAACUGGACAGAAUUCCGUGUAGUUGUGUUGCUUGCUUUGCAGUUCCCCCGAGGUUGGUUUGGCUGAAGGUUCUCUGGGAUGUUGCAGGCUGACCCGGUUGGUUUGGCCGGUCAGGAGCUCACUGUCAGCAUGGUUUUCUAUUUUAUAACAGCUUUUUGUGUUCUGCAACCUUCAAAUGAUGCCGCUUUUAGUGGGUUACCUGUUGAGAUUAUCGUUUUAAAUUCCUUCUAUCAUUUCAAUACCAAAUGCCCCACUCUAAUGCUAUGGUUAUUUUAAGCUAAACUGAACUGAUUCCGUAUGUGCUGUGCAUUUUGAUAUUCUGUACUGUGUAUUGAGAGAUGGGUGAAAACAUUUAGUAAAAUCAGGUUAUAUCUGCACAAAGUUGCACUCAAAUUGACUUGUAAACUGAUUUAGGCUGGCAGAGCCUCCAAAGCAUGAUUCCUUCAGCUGGAAUUUGUGUCCAAACAACUUGAGAGCGUGAAGAAAUUGGUGGUAAAACAAAGCAAAACAAGUCUUCCUUCUCUCAGAAUGUGUUCAUUUAUCCUCCUGAGCACUCUAAAAGGAAGCGGGUUUUUGGUAGCGAGCCUUUUUCCUUGCUGCUUUUUUGGGAUGUAGAUGCAAACUUCAUACAGCUGCUGGCAAAAGAGCUGAAGUUACCGAAGGAAGCUAUGAAUGUCGGUCAUUUUGGUUGAUACACUUAGAUACUACUGGGCUAACUGGGUUAAAGGUUUCCUUGUAGUUUGUGGUCAGGAAAACACCCUUUUAAUGCUUAAUUAAAGAAAAAGUCUUUUAUGUCUAUAUGCAGUGUGUCUCUUAAAUCAGAACUUGUGUCAGCUAAUAGCAGAGAAUUCACACACGCGGGGGUGGUAACUGUCGCACCCACGUUGUUCACUGCGUUGUAGAAAAGGCUUCUUUCUGCUGUAUGAGGAUGUGAAAUAGGCACUGGGAUUUCCCUCACUGCUGAAAUCAUCUGAAAUGGACCCCAAUAUGGUACAUCUCUACAGCAUGGUAAUAUUGCUUGUGCACCAUUUCUUUAAGUCGCAACUGUCAAGAAGGGCCAUGGAAUGAGUGUGCACAGACUUGGAAUGUGCAUUUGAAACAAAGAUGGAGAGAACAUGAUGGUCACAGGAUCAGUCAUGUUACCUUGUGUGUGAUGCAGUGCGCGUUUAAUCCCGGGGUAAAGUCUACCCAUAAUUCUGUUGUACUCACUCCUAAAUCUCCUUGGUGGAAGGAGAGCGAGCUUCUAAAAAUUCUAAAGUAAGGAAAAAAACCCCAAUAAAAACUAGUGUCUUGGGCUGCAUUUCUGUCCCUGUGCAACUGCUCUGAGCAGCUGUUAGGUUGAUAAGUUGUUGCUGCAACGCCCUUAAGUUGCCAAUGAGGUUGAAGGGGAGAAGGUGGUGAAUUAACAGUGAGUGUGCAACCGUCUUGUUUUUGUUAUGCUAAACAUUAACUGACUGUUUCUUAGCAAGCUUGGGACUACAGAGUUCGCUUCCUCCAACCGGGGUGAUUGUGAUGCUGUUAGUAGAACUGCUGUUCUUAGAAGUGGCUACGUCCAGCUACUGGGAAAGAAGGAGGGGAACCAAAAAUAGAAGAGCUGCUUGGGAGAAACCAUUUGAGUUACUGUAUAACAGAAGUGCCCUACUAUUUCCAAAAAUACCACGCAGGUUUGUUUUAAUGUGGAAGUGGAUCUCAGAGCUUAAUGCAAAAAAAACAAACAAAGGAAGAAAGGAUGUCAAGCAUGAUCUUCCUUGACUUUGAUGAAGGACCACUGCAAGGAGCCAUGGACAUUUGUUGUGAGUUAUAACACCGUAAUUCAAAGAGUCUAGUAUAAAUGUACUUAAUGGACAGACCAGCAACAUGGAUGAUUUAGAGAUAAAUACUGAAGUUACUGGUGCUAAAGAAGAAGAGGAGGAAAUCCUAUGUGAUUUUGUAUCUGAGGAGGAAGGUGGCAUUCCUGAAUCACAAGAGAGUGACACAUUGUUUCAGAAAAACAAUACAUUGACUCUGCCUGAGGAGCUAUCCAGGGACAGAUCUGAAAACGCCUUAAGUGGAGGCCAGACUUCUCUAUUUAUACACACUGGUGCUCCUACUGUUUCUAGUGAAAACUUUAUCUUGUCUAGAGGAACUGCUGUUAAUGGACCAGUUUCACACUCCACCUCAACAAAAACUUCCAUUAUGAGUAAAGGCAGUGUUUCACUAACCACUGGACAGCCUGUAGGUCAUCAUACGGAUUCCUGCUCAACUUUGACGGUGGUUCAUGAUCUUCAGCUGCCUGCAAAGAGUUCAACAGAAAAUUCAAAUCAGCACCAAGUUUUAUUUUUGUUACCUGAUGUAGCACAUGCUAAGAACAUGACUCAUUCCAUUAAAAAUUUACCUACCUCUGCUUCAGUUGGUUGUGAUUCACAGAAAUCAGUAGGAAAUAGUGUAGACAGCACUUUAGUAGGCCAAGUAGAAGUUUGCGAGGAUGAUAAAAAUUUGCUGGUAAAAGACGAUUGUGUUGAUGCAUUAACAGGCAUUUCCUCAGGUACAGGUGGUUUCAGAUCGGGAUGUGAACCCAGCUGGGAUCCACAAAAAGAGUUUAUACAGUUUCUUAUGACAAAUGAAGAAACAAUAGAGAAGUCUCCCAUUCACUGUAAAGUAGGUUUAGAAAAAAAGAGAAAAAGAAAAAUGGAUGUUAGUAAAAUAACACGCUAUACUGAAGACUGUUUUGGUGAUACUACUUAUAUUCCUAGUAAGUCAAAACUGCUAACUGUUGACUUCUUGGAACAGAAUGAGGAGCUACAGAUAGUAGAACCUCAGAAAUACUCAUUGAGUAAAGUAAAGCCUGAAUCCACAGACGAAGAGCUGGAAGCUGUUGAUGCUAUCCAGCAGCUCAUUUAUAGUCCCACUGGUAGCUGUGCAGAGGAUGCUUCUCCUGUUCACACUAGCACUUUUCUUUCCAAUACUUUAAAAAAUAAAUGUGAACAGAAUGAUUCUGAAUCACCAUCUACCUUCAGUACUGAUGAACCAUCAUUUUAUCCCUGUACAAAGUGCAAUGUGAAUUUUAGGGAGAAGAAACAUCUGCAUAGGCAUAUGAUGUACCAUUUAGAUGGGAACAGCCAUUUCCGACAUCUCAAUGUCCCCAGGCCCUAUGCAUGUAGGGAAUGUGGAAGGACAUUUAGAGAUCGUAAUUCACUUCUUAAACACAUGAUAAUUCACCAAGAAAGAAGACAGAAGCUGAUGGAAGAAAUCCGUGAGCUGAAAGAGCUUCAGGAUGAGGGUAGGAGUGCACGGUUACAGUGCCCACAGUGUGUAUUUGGUACCAAUUGUCCCAAGACGUUUGUGCAGCAUGCAAAGACCCAUGAAAAAGAUAAAAGAUACUAUUGCUGUGAGGAAUGCAAUUUCAUGGCUGUGACAGAAAAUGAACUUGAAUGCCAUCGAGGGAUUGCUCAUGGAGCAGUAGUCAAGUGUUCUGUUAUUGGUAGUGACAUAUCCCAGAGGAAGUCACAGAAGAAGGCAUCCAUGAAAGAUCCAUAUUUAGGAUCCUCAAAGAAGUCGUCAACGUACAUGUGCAAGAUGUGUCCAUUUACAACUUCGGCUAGAAGCAUUUUAAAAAAGCACAUGGAAUAUUUGCAUCCAGCAUCUUGCAUUGAUCCCUUUGGUAGCCAUCUUAGACUAGAAAAAAGAAAAGGCAGCAUAAUGGAAGAAUCUUUAGAUUUUGGUAGCAGGACAAAACAGUUGAUCAAACAAUCUUCUACGUUUCCAAAGAACUCAGUUUUAAAACAAGAUGUAAAACGAUCAUUUGGCUCAGCAUCGCAGUCCAGUAACUUCGGAAAACUUCACAAGAGACCCUACAGGAUACAGAAGGCUCGGAAGAGCGUUUCACAGUCAUCUAGACUUAACUCUGCUGAAAAAAAAGACAGCUAUGAAACAGAGGAUGAAAGUUCAUGGGAUAAUGCUGAACUGUGUGAUUACACUACGCGGUCUGUGGAGGAUGAAUCUUACAGUGAUAUUAAUCAGGAGCAUGUAAGCCUAUUCCCCAUAUUCAAAGGUAAAAUGGAAGAUCAUGAAGCUGGUGAUAAAUCUUCACUUAGUUAUGAGCAGAAUGAUGGCUUUUAUUUUGAGUAUUAUGAAGAUGCUGAGAGUAGUAACUUCCUGCAUGAUUUGCAUGAUGCACAGAAUUUAGAAAAUGUAGGAUCAGCAUUGCCAAAGCAUAAUUCAGUUUUCCAUUGGACUGAUUUGUCACUUGAAAAGAAGUCCUGCCCAUACUGCCCAGCAACCUUUGAAACAGGUGUUGGAUUGUCCAACCACGUCAGAGGACAUCUUCACAGAGCUGGAUUAAGCUAUGAAGCCCGUCAUGUUGUUUCACCAGAACAGAUAGCAACAAGUGACAAAAUGCAACAUUUUAAAAGAACUGGAACAGGAACUCCUGUUAAACGUGUUAGAAAAGCAAUUGAGAAAUCUGAAACUUCCUCUGAGCACACGUGUCAGCUUUGCGGAGGCUGGUUUGAUACUAAAAUUGGAUUGUCAAAUCAUGUGCGAGGACACCUGAAGAGGCUUGGCAAAACCAAGUGGGAUGCACACAAGUCUCCGAUCUGUGUUUUGAAUGAGAUGAUGCAAAAUGAAGAGAAGUAUGAAAAAAUACUAAAGGCUUUGAAUAGUCGCCGUGUUAUUCCCAGACCCUUUGUUGCUCAGAAAUUUGCAUCAAAUGAUGACUUUUUAUCUCAGAAUGUUUUACCUCUCGAAGCAUACCAUAAUGGCCUAAAGACUGAAGAUAUAUCUGUGUCUGCAUCAGAGGAAGAAGGGCUGAGUUUCCUAAAUGAAUGUGAUGAAACAAAAGCAGUACUACAUAAUGAAAAAAAAAAUCAGUCACUUACACUGAUAGAACUUCUGAAAAAUAAAAGGUUAGGAGAAGAAAGGAGUCCUGGUAUUUCUUCUCAAAAGAUUCAUAAUCAAACUGCGAGAAAGAGGUUUGUUCAGAAAUGUGUUCUUCCAUUAAAUGAAGACAGUCCAUUGAUGUAUCAGCCACAAAAAAUGGACUUGACUAUGCAGUCAGGUAUGCCUGUGAAGCUUAGAACGUGUGUGCAUUGCAAUACGACGUUUACAAGUGCUGUUAGCCUGUCCAACCACUUACGCGCUUAUGCACGAAAGAAGAGUGCUGGACUUUUGACUGGGACAGCUUUGGACUGUAAGCAAAAGAAGUCAAGGUCAAGAUCUGGAAGCAAGAAAAAAAUGCUGCCAUUACCUCAUAGUGCUGAUGAAGUUUACAUACUCAGAUGCAGGUUUUGUGGUCUGGUCUUUCGAGGACCUUUGUCUGUUCAAGAAGACUGGAUAAAGCACUUGCAGCGACACAUUGUCAACGCAAAUCUUCCACGGACUGGAGCUGGCAUGGUUGAAGUCACAUCGCUACUUAAAAAACCUGCUUCGAUUACUGAAACUUCGUUUUCUUUACUGAUGGCAGAAGCAGCAUCAUAGAACAAGAAAACAUUUUCAAUUUGAAUUGGAUGUAAAUUUGAAGUACUUUGUCAUUUUUUUAAAUAAAUUGUUACACUAAAUUAUGUUUAUAAAUCCUAAAGGCAAAAAUAGAGGAAGUGGAUUACAAUAACAUCAAAAUAAAUUGAAUACUUAACAGUUACAGUAAGUAGUCUUUAUAUUUUAUAUAGGGUGGAAGAUGUGUUUUUAAGGUUUAUUAUGUUUUUGUCAGUUACUGUGUUCACUAUCAAUACAAGACCAUUACAUGUAUGGCAGCCAUUUUUAAAUCGUUGCACAUGGGUACUUAAAAAGACAGAUUUUAAUAAAACAAAGAAACCACGUUCUCUGCAGUGUUACCCAAAUCAAGGCUCUGUUUAUUCCAAAAAAAAAAAGAAAGAAAAAGAAAAGAAAAGAAAAAAAAAUCACAUAGUAAAAUAAGAUAUUAUAUUUUGUUUGUAUGUAUGUAGUGUUUUGUAUAAUAUCAAGAACUGCUAAUACAAUUUACUCAACUUUAGGGCAUUAAAUACCAUGUUACUUCAUAGUUCAAGAGACUGUUUCAUUCAAAUAGGGCAAUUAGUACUCUUCUAUCUAGGUGUGUAAGUGUUUUUUUUAAAUCACAUGAGGCUUUUUGUACUAAAAAGUGGAGGGAAACUUGUCUAAACAAAUUUCUAAGAUAAAUAUGUACAUAAUACUGGAAAUUUGUGGUAAGGAAAUAUUCUUUACUUCAGUUGCAUUUCUCACUGACAAUAAAGUGGUGCAUCCAUGCUACCUCCUACUUGUCAACAAAGAUGGUAUUUACCCUUAUGUUUUUGUAUCAUAGUAGAUUCAAUCCAACUUUCUUUAUUACAAAGCAUCUUUUUGUUAACAAGUUUGUUCUUUAUGAUGAUUUACUUAAAGUCUGACUUGCUUACAGAAGUUUGCCUCUCUACUAUUUUAUUUAACACUGUAGAAAUGUACUAAUAAGCAUUGCUCACUACACGGUUAGAGUAGACUUUUCAUUUAUAAUUCUGUUUAAAAGGUUGAUCAUUUUAGAAAAUUUGAACACAGGUUGAAAUGUUUCUACAUAUGAAGAGAAUGUUUACAACUUAAAUUUUAGAGCUUGUUUUGGAUGUGAUUAUAUGUAUGAAAACUGUAACACUAUGCUCAUGCUAAGGACCUACUUACAGAAUUACUGAAAUAAAUGUGCUGUGAGGAUGGAAAUAUGGUGCAGGUGUCUUGGUCAUGCUGAAUUGUGUUUGUUCAUUCAAACUGUCUUUGGAACAUGAUUUUUGUUUAAAUCAUAAGUCAGAUUCCUCUACAAAUCAAUUUUGUAUGCAAAUAACAUUUCAUUUUACUCAUAUAGGGUAACAGAUACUGUAGUUAAGCCAAGGAUAUGCAUUGAUAUUUUCCUUAUAUGUAAAUAAAGUUAAAAGCAGUUAAAGCAAGAGGAGUAUUUUGGUAGAGUAUAUACAUACCUCACUGCCAGUGAAAUUGCUUUCCUAUGGUAUAUCUCCUUACCAGAAAAAUCUCUAAAUAAAAAAGGUUUAAAGAAAAUCUAAAUGUCUAUAAUGUGAAGCAUUUAUUUACAUUGUGUGGAUUAAGUUUGUGAAAUGGAUUUGUCUUGCUUGAAAUUAAAAUAUUCUCAUUAUCUUAAGUAAAAAUAAGUUUACUUGCAAUAAAAUGACUUGUUCAGACACAUUACAUUUGGUUGGUGGAAAAUAUGAAUGAUGUCGAUCUGCCUCGUACGUGUGCAGUUAACACACAAGGUUUGUUAGCAUCUGAUAUAACAGAUGAACUAAAGGCAAACAGUUGUGGAGGAUGGAGUCCUGAGGCAAGGCCAUCCUAUGUCUGGCAAGGUUGUCAUUCAGUUAAUGCUGCCGGGUGUUUUACUGUACAAGUUCCUACUGUUAACAUAAACUUCAUUGUCCAAAUGUA